AUCCACUCCGGGACCACAAUGGCAGACAGUCCGUCGUUUGAGGUCAUCGUUUUGGGACCCACUGGUGGACCAUGUGAAGACCGAAUUACCGGCCUUCUUGUCCGAUCAAAGUCCACAGACUGGUCCCACGGAUCGGUCGUAGCUGUCGAUGCGGGGACUAUGCUGGCGGGUAUCAUCAACAUACUGAGGCCACAUAUCUCAAGUUCGAAGAAUAGCCGCGCCAAAUCAGUCCUGAAAGAAGGACCUUUCAAGGGUCUGAAAUUACCCUUUGCGACCGCCGAGGCUAAUGCGGCGCACAUCUUCCGGGAAGUUAUUGGCGCGUUCCUGAUCACUCAUCCCCACCUGGACCAUGUUUCCGGCCUGGCAAUCAACACGCCGAUCAUCGAAGCGGGAAGUGGGCCAAAACCCGUUGCGGCUCUGCCGUCUGUGCUGGCCGCUAUCAAAAACCACGUUUUCAAUGAUGUGAUCUGGCCCAAUUUGUCGGAUGAAGAUGGCGGUGCCGGUCUAUUAACAUAUCAGCGCUUGGUUGAAGGUGGAAAUCCCCGAUUCGGUAAUGGAGAAAGCAGAGGCUAUGUUCGCGCGUGCCAGGGAAUUGUGACUAAAUGCUUGAGUGUCAGCCAUGGCCGGUGCAAGCAGAAGUUUCAUCCAGAAAGUGGAAUUCAUCAUCGUACUGGAAGUACGGUAUUUAACCACGGAGAGACAAGGCUCCUGCGUCAAAGAGCGAUAUCUGUGGACCAGUCUGGCGAGGGAUACUAUUCCCCAGCUCGCUCGCCUCGUCUUGUUCCCGGUGAGCCCAUGCUAGCGUCUGUUGAAAGCUCUGCUUUCUUUCUCCGCGACCACGAAACUGGAAAUGAGAUUAUCGUCUUUGGUGACGUCGAACCGGAUUCAAUUUCGCUUGAGCCACGAAACCGACGUGUGUGGGAAACCGCAGCCCCCAAAAUCGCCAAUGGAAAACUUCGUGCCAUCUUCAUUGAGUGCUCUUACGAUGAUAAUACUGAUGACGCAUAUCUUUACGGUCAUCUAUGCCCACGUCACCUCGUUGCAGAGCUCACUGUUCUAGCGGACUUGGUCAUGUAUUCGCGCGAUAACCAGUACGGAAUUGAUCGGAAGCGAAAGCGUCCCCUACUGGGUGAAAACUUCUUGGAUGAUGGCAGUCCUCGCUACAAGCGUACUCAGAGUGGCUCCAGCGGCAAAGCACGUUCAUCCUCGUCGAGGGGCCCAUACAACGAGCCUCUUGAUGGACUUAGCGAUCUCUAUUCUUUUGAAGAGUUUGAUUCCCCGGAUCCUACCCGCUGGGCUAAUGUCGAGAAUCCACCCUUGGCUGGAUUGUCUGUUUAUAUCAUUCAUAUCAAGGAGACACUCCGGGAUGACGGGAGUCCCGGCCCGCGCAUUUUACAGGAGCUUAACGAGCAUAGUAGUGCAGUCAAACUGGGGUGUAGUUUCUUUCUCCCGAAUCCAUCGGAGGCCAUCUCCUGUUGA